GUUUGCAAGUGCUCUCCCUUCCCCCAGCCCGGGGCUGGCAGGUUUUUCUGUGCCUGCUUCCCCGAGCCACCGACCAAAAUCUCCCUCUGAAAACAACUAUCAAAAUCUGCCUCGCUGGUCACAGCGUGAGCCCGGGCUGCCUGCAGCUCCCCUCCCCCCAAGUCGCAGCCCCCGGCAUCCCCUCCCCCCCCCCGGAGCUGCUCUCGGCAGGGCAACAAGCCCUCGGGCUGCGGCGCUGAGCUCCCUCCUCCAGCCGCCGCCGCCGCCAUACUGCGGGGCAACCCAAACUUGUUACACACGGGCACCAACUCCUCCUGCUCGUUGCAGGCGCCUCGGCAGCGGCGCGCAGAGCAGGGGAAGGCGGCCCGGCAAGCGGAGCAGUUUUGCCGCCUGGCAGUUUCAUUUACUACUAAGAUGAAAUGGAAGAAUGUCCUCAAGAGGCAGAAUAAUUGCUGAGAAACACUGUGGAAAGUGUGAACAAUCUCUGUAUUCUGCGUCCUGGAAAAUGUUUAUUACCUUGAAGAAGUAAUCUAUUGGAUGCAUAGGCUUGGGAACAUCUUUCCAACCCGUUUAUUGCAAUGUUAAGUUCGGCAAUGUCUACCCUGUAACAUUCUAUUUGGAACUGGAGAUUUCCUUGCAAAAGGAACAUUAGGUGUUGCAGUUAUCCUCCAACUUCCGUAGAGCGAGGUCUCUUAUCAUGGCUCUCUCUAGUUUGUAUGCAGCUUUGGGUUUAUUGUUUGGAGCAGCAGCAGCAUUUGGUCCAGUACCAAGGAUCACUUGGGAACAUAGAGAAGUACAACUGGUCCAUUUUCAGGAGCCAGAAGUGUUUAACUAUUCAACUUUAUUACUAAGUGAUGACAAAGACGUUUUAUAUGUAGGAGCUAGAGAAGUGAUCUUUGCAUUAAAUUCAGUGAAUAUUGCUGAAAAACAUCAUGAGUUGUAUUGGAAGGUCACUGAAGACAAAAAAACUAAAUGUGCAGACAAGGGCAAAUCCAAACAGACGGAGUGCCUUAACUAUGUGCGUGUCUUACAACCGCUGAAUGAUGAUGUUCUCUAUGUGUGUGGCACAAAUGCAUUUCAGCCAAUCUGUGAUCAUCUGAAUUUAACGUCAUUUGAACUCCGAGGUAAAAAUGAAGAUGGUAAAGGUAGAUGUCCAUUUGACCCUGCCCAAAGCUACACAUCAGUUAUGGUUGAUGGAGAGCUUUAUUCAGGAACUUCCUAUAACUUCUUGGGAAGUGAGCCUAUUAUUUCUAGAAACUCUCACCAGAGCCCAUUGAGAACAGAAUAUGCAAUACCUUGGCUUAAUGAACCCAGUUUUAUUUUUGCUGAUGUGAUAAGAGCAGAUCAAAACAGCACUGAAGAAGAAGAUGACAAAGUGUACUUCUUUUUCACCGAGAUGUCUGUGGAAUAUGAAUUUGUUGGAAAGUUGAUGAUUCCAAGAAUAAGUAGAGUAUGCAAGAGGGACCAAGGAGGAUUAAGGACUUUGCAGAAAAAAUGGACCUCCUUUCUCAAGGCCAGAUUGAUGUGUACCACACCUGAUAAGAAUUUAAUUUUCAACAUUAUCAAUGAUGUUUUUAUUCUGAAGUCUCCAAGUUUGAGGGAACCAGUGAUUUAUGGAGUUUUUACCCCACAACUGAAUAAUGUGGGGCUGUCAGCCGUGUGUGCAUACAAUUUGUCUACUGUGGAAGAAGUUUUCUCCAAAGGAAAGUAUAUGCAGAGUGCCACAGUAGAACAGUCUCAUACAAAGUGGGUCCGAUACAAUGGAGAGAUUCCUAAACCUCGACCUGGAGCUUGUAUAAACAAGGAGGCAAGAGCAGCGAACUACCUGAGUUCUCUAAAUUUACCGGACAAAACACUACAGUUUGUUAAAGAUCACCCUCUAAUGGAUGACUCGGUGGCCCCGAUAGGGGACAGACCCAGAUUAAUAAAACGAGAUGUGAGGUAUACACAGAUCGUGGUAGACAGAGUCCCAGCACUCAAUGGCAGCAUGUAUGAUGUUAUGUUUAUUAGUACAGAUAAAGGAGCCCUUCAUAAAGCUAUUAGCUAUGAAAAUGGAAUGCAUAUUAUUGAAGAAAUACAGCUUUUCCAAAAUUUUGAGCCAGUUCAGACACUGUUGCUUUCAUCAAAAAAGGGCAAAAGGUAUCUCUAUGCAGGUUCCAAUUCUGGUGUGGUUCAGUCUCCCGUUGCAUUCUGUGACAAGUACAGCACCUGUGUUGACUGUGUUCUAGCUAGAGAUCCCUACUGUGCUUGGAAAUCACAUGAACCCUCCUGUAUUAAUAUUCUUAAAGAAGAUGAAAUUGAAAGGGAUUGGAUUCAGAACAUAGGUGGUGAUGCCUCUUCCUGCCCUGCCUCAUCUUCUAUACCUUUCCCUCCUACUGGUACCUCCUUUUUGUCCUGUGUGGGAAGUGAUUCACCUCCUUCACUCACCAAUACCAUGCCUGAUGUUUGGUCUAGCACAGAGCUUGUAAUGGUCAUGUUCUUACCGCCUUUCCUAAGUGACCAGGCACAGCAUGUUAGUGUCCAUGGGACCUUUCACCUCUUCUGUCAAGCCACUGGUCCCAGUGAUGCACGUUUUGUCUGGAAGAAGAACGGACAGAAAGCGGAAGUGUGUGUCAGUGAGCAAUCUCAUGCGUUGGCUGAUGGCAGAGUGCAUAUUCUAAGCUGGGUGAAAGAUGCUGUAGCAGAAAACUCAGAAUACCAUUGUUCAGUCCUCUCAAAAGCUGGAAAUAAAACAUCAAAAGUGCUCAUCACAGUGGAAGGAAAAGAUAGUAAUGGUCAGGCUGGAUGGGUAAAGGAGUAUGACAGCUGGAAAAGUGCAGUCAGUGAACAUCAUGCAAUGAUGCAAAGCUGGAAGACAACCUGGGAGAAUUGCAAGAAGAAAGACACCCCCUAAUGGACAAAAAGACAGGAGUAAGAGUUGGCUGACAAGGAAAUGUCUAAAACUAGCUUCGAGUACUCUAACCAGCAUAUCUGAAAAAGGAUUCAGCAGAUACAGUAGCUGGCAGGGGGGCUUGCUGUUCAGGAGAAUCUGCUGAAAAUUUAGGCAAAACAGGAUUUCCUCAUUGCACUGAAGAAUGAUUUAUAUACUACCAAGACAACUCCCCUACCCCUUUUGAACAACCUGAUACCAGUUCUUUUUCUGCUAGUUAUUGAGGAACAAAGUGUUCCUACUGAGGCUUGUGGUGCUUAAAGGUUGUAAUGCAACCCCUAAAUCCUGUUUUAAGCAGAUGAGGUAACUUUGAUUGCGAUGCUUUUAUAACAUGUGAAUUUAUUAAAGCAGUGGGGAUUUAACAAGGAUUUGGAUCACUUAUAUUUUAAAUGUUUUUCUGAAAAGUAACGGGGGAGAGUAAGGUUUACCUUGAAAGUCCAUUCUGGCAUUUUAAAGAACAUUCCCUUUUGGUGGGGGCAAAUUCACUUUCCUUGUUUGUAUAAAUAGGCAGCAAAGCUACAAUAGUAUUUCAAAGAAACUAUUGUGUGAUUCAUCAUGGACAGAGAGAGAGAGACUUUAAAUUGAAAACUAAUUCAUGAAAAGUAUGAAUGUAUGAAGGUUGUUUUGAAAAGUUAAAUUUGUUUAUACAAGUUUUCCUGUACCAAACAAAAAUUUGACAACUUAAAGUACCUCAAAUAUAGUUGGCAUACUGUAAAUCACAGCACACAAUGAGCUACAAAAUAUGCAUAUUUGGUACUGUGGAAGAUCAAGUCUGAUUUAUGCUAAACAUCUCUACACAAAUAUUCAGCAAUUGACAAAGGGCUAAUGUGAUACCAGGAUUUUUAUUAUUCCUAGUAAAAAUUUGGCAGACUUAACAGUGAGGUAGCCAGUCAAAUUUUGGGGACCUACUUGUUCCACAGUGCUGUUUUAAAAUAAGUUUUAUCUUGCUGCAAAGGAUCAAUAAAAAGUUUGAGACAUUUAAUAAUUGUUCUCUUGUCCUCAACAUUUCCAUUGUUAAAUCCCUCACUUUUUAUAUAAAAGCUUUGGCUUGAUUGUGCUGGGAAUGGUCAUUCAAAAAGUAUUGUAUUCUCUCCAUAACCCUGAAUUUAUAUGAAAUAAAACUUUUCCCCACUUACCUGAAUAAUUCCUUUCUUUGAGCAACAAGCUCUACAGAUCUUUUACAAUGGUACUUCAGCCUGCCUGGAGCUUGGGGACCAGACCUGGCAGCAGGGGAAUACCACAUGCCUGAAGUUCCCUUUGUUAAGCAUUUCCACAGCCAGGAUACUUCAAAUCUACUUUGAGGAAAAAUAACAAUUUCUCCAAGCAAAGCACGGUGGGCUUGUCCUCAUUAAGUAAAAUUUAAGUCCUUGAAUGUUGUUUUCCAUCUCAAUGAUCCACUUGACUCUAGGGUCCACAGAUCCAUUACAAUGAGAUUUUCAUAGCAGUUUGCCUCGAGGGUGGGAAGCAGGACAUGGGCAUCUGCCCUUGGAGAAGACUUAGCCAAUGCCAUUUCCUUUUUUUUUUUGGCAGAAGACUGGAUGUGUAAUAUGCAGAAUUUGAUGAAGGCAGUCUCCGUACAGAAGACAUGACUAUUCUGCCCUGAGACUGUCGGUGUUCAUAAGGACUGAACUUGGAUGCCUAACCAAAAAGCAAUAUUUCUACUUUACUUACAGAAUUUACACACUGACAUGGAAGCCUACCUUCUGAAUUAGAAGUUCAAUACUAGGUCUUAUUUGAGAGCUCAUGUCCAAUCUGGAUAGUACAGUGAGGAGCAGAAUGAGGUUCGAAGGUCAUGUUCUAUGACAUCAUGACACUGUAAUAAGUUGGUUGCCCUAAGGAAGCAUUUCAUGUUGGGAAUCAAAAAAAAAAAAUUCAUAACAUGCUAAACACAUUACACUCCAGACACUUGGCUUUUUUGCUUGGACAUUUAAUAUACCUACAAUAAAACCUUUUGGGGUUUUAUUUAACAUGGUAGUUAUUCUACUGGCUGAUGCCAAGUUCAGUUUCCAGCUGUCAAUGCAUAGAUUUGGCACAGUAGCUGAUCCCAAGGAUCAAAGUCCCAUAUGUUUGCCUGAAACAGAUUUAAAUCCCCCCUUUCCCUACCUCAUGAAGAGGCCACGUGAUUUUUAGGUUGAGAAGGACCAUGUGUGAAAUACUGUCCACUCAUGUUAGCUCUGCUUGUGAAAGCAUGCAGGGGCACUUUGAUAGUUCAUAUUUAGUUUUUUGGCCUGAGUUUUCACUGUGAGAUGCCAGCCUAGGCUUGGCUGCCUGUGAAGGGCCUGCAGAGUAAGAAAGAUUAACCUUUCAGGUAAAAAUUUACCAGUUAGAAUUGCUGAGCCCCUGACUGCUUGGGGAAGAAGGGUAUUAGAGGUGGCAGCAGCAGGAGGAAGCUGGGUCUGAAGGCCCCUUACCACUUUCUGGAAUUGGUAGCAGCUGUACUGUGUCCUAUGCCCUCCAUCCAUGAGGUAGCUGAGCUCUACAGUCAGAGGCAUGGCUGCUGGUGCAGGCUGUAGGAGCUCAAGCAUGGUCUUUCCAACUGCCCUUCUGGCUUCACUCCCCUCAUGGAGAUGGACUGCUUGCCCCAGAGCCUGUUCUUUUCCAAUCCCACCUGCCUCUUCUUCCAUAGGCAAGAGACGAGCCAACUCCACCAGGCCUGAGCUGUGAGGAAAAAAAUGCCCUCUACCCACAGAGCUGACAAAGCCCCCCACAAGACAACUGGUAAGGAGGAGGGAGGGGGUAGCUGGAGAGACAGGCCUUCCUUUUUGCCUCUGGCUUCUCAGUCUAGCACUCUUCUCCCCCCAGCCCCCAAGCCUGUAGGAGCACCAGCAUCUACAAAUGCAUCAAGAGGGGAAGCAGAACUGAGGGGACAAAUCACCCCUAAAAUCCAAUGCUGCUCUCGGACACAGCUGGGAAUGAGACACAUUGCAUUUCAAAUGUUUAGACUUAACAGGCUGGAAUCCUCAAAUGAGGGGGCCUGGUUAAUGUGCCAGG